AUGGGAGAUAGAGAUUGGAGACCAUUUAUUUACGGCGGCCUUGCGUCGAUCGUCGCCGAAUUCGGCACAUUCCCAAUAGACACAACAAAGACCCGCCUUCAGAUACAGGGACAGAAGAUAGACCCUCGACAUGUGGAGCUCCGGUAUACUGGCAUGGUGGAUUGCUUCGUCAAGACAUCUCAGCAGGAGGGGGUCAAGGCACUGUACUGUGGCAUCUGGCCGGCGGUGCUCCGGCAGGCGACGUACGGCACGAUAAAGUUCGGCACGUACUACUCCAUGAAGAAAUGGAUAGCGCAGCACAGGGCGGAUGGGGGCUCCAUUGAGCACCUGCCUACCAACACCUUCUGUGCUGCCUUCGCCGGUGGACUCUCCAGUGCCAUCGCCAAUCCUACAGAUGUGCUUAAAGUGCGGAUGCAGGUGGGAGACGAGAAGCGUGGUCUAGUCCGAUGUUUCAUGGAGAUCCACCGGCUGGAGGGCUGGCGCGGGCUGUGGCGCGGCGUGGGCCCGACGUCGCAGCGCGCCGCCGUCAUCGCGGCCGUGGAGCUGCCCGUGUACGACGCCUGCAAGAAGCGCCUGACCGUCCCGCUGGGAGACUCGCCCCUCAACCACUUCGCGUCCAGCCUGCUCGCCAGCCUCGGCAGCGCCGUGGCCAGCACGCCGCUCGAUGUCAUCCGGACGCGGCUAAUGAACCAAAGAAAGUUGAAGGGACAGGCGCCGAAGCCCAACGAGAGGAUAUACAGAGGGACUGUGGACUGCUUCCUACAGACAGUGCGCAAUGAAGGUUUCAUGGCUUUAUACAAGGGCUUCGUGCCAACCUGGCUGCGGAUGGGGCCUUGGAACAUUAUCUUCUUCCUCACGUAUGAACAGCUCAAACAGAUGUACUGA